GAAAUGAUAGAUUCCGACGAUCCCGAAAUUCAAGUCUCUCUCACUCUCUGUUUCCUCCGCCAUGUCGUACCUGCUGCAUUCUAUCGGCCUCGGGCUCCCCUCUUCUUUCCUCCUCUUCCCGUGAACCCUAGGAUCCUGAAAAAUCCCAACCCUAGAUGUGAAGAGACGACGAAUUCUGGUUGCGCGUCGAAAUCGGUGACCGGAGUUUGUUACCCCAGCCGGGAUUCUCGCUGGAGAUGGCCACCGCCGCGUUCAAAUCUACGACGAAGCGUUCGCCGAUCGGAGCGGGGGAGAAUUCAUCGACGUCCUCGCGGAGGACUGAGGAAGAUGCCCGAUCGUCUAACCGGAGCGGAAUCCACCGAAGAUCGCGGAGCCUCAGCCGCGGCCCCUCUCGUUUCCCGGCAUUCCGCGAUCGGGAGUCCGGGGCAACUGGUGAUAACUCCGGGAGGUUUGUGAACACCGAGCGCGGCUCGGCGUUUCCGGAGGUUAGCCUUGAGGAUCUUGUGAACGAGUUUCUGGCUGAGGUUGCUGUUGAAGAGGAUAGGGGAAGGGCGACGCAGAGGGGUUCUUGUGCGAGGCUGUCAGAAACGGAGGCAGUGAAGAGGAGAGGACGGUCGGCUUCGAGGCCGGGCAGGCUAGCUGACGGCGCAGGGGCUGCGAAGGGUUCUGUUGAUAGCGGCAGACGGCGGCGUUCGGUAUCUGUUGCGCCGUAUCAGUUCAGUGAUUCGGAGAGUGACAAAGACCUUUUGCAUACUUUGGCUGAUAAUGUUAAACCUGUGGCAUCUGAGAGUGUGAAGUCCACACAUGGAUUUUCAAACAAAUCCUCACGUCGUGCCAGCCUUCCAAACAAUCAAUGUGGCUUGAGGAGAUCUUUGAGUCAAAGGGACUUAUCAUCAUCUCGGCAUGCCUAUUCUUCUGCCCUGACUGAUGAUGAAGGACAAGAUACUUGCUAUGAUACAAACGGAGAGAAGACAAUAAGGGCAGUUUAUGCUCAGAGAAAGGCCGAACAUCCUGAUGGCGAGGGAAUUGGUGCAGAAGCAGGACCAUAUGAAGCUAUGCGUAAAGAAGUCAGACAGGCUAUGCGUAAAGAAGUCAGGCAGGCUGUAGCUGUGAUCAAGACAGAGCUUGAACAUGCAAUGGUGAAAGCAAAUUCAAAUGAGCUAGCUGAUGGUGAUUGCUUAGGACGCAAUGCUAAAGAUGUUAGACAAGCAAUUGAUAAGAUAAAAAAGGAUUAUACUGCAGUAUUGCAACAGUCGGACAAGCGGAAGCGUGAGCUUUUGGCUGAGUUGGCUGUUGAGGAGCAGCGAGGCCGUGAACUUUCUAAGAUUGUUGGAGAGCUGCUUCUGAAUCCAAAGCAGCCUGAACCUGCAAGGUCUUCACGAUCAAGAAAAAGAAGCACUGAUAGAACUAGAAUGUCAAGACGCCUGACCGAGGAGGCUGAGAAAUACUUUGAGGAUUUCAUUUCCAAUGUUGAAGAUACAGAUUUUUCAUCUUUUGAUGAUGAACGAAGUGAUGCUACUUUAGGAGAAAUCACACUUUCUAGAGAUUGUGUCUUAAGGAAUGCAUGCAGCAAUCCCCUACCUACUGACACGGAUGGGGUUCUUCUUCCCUGGCUGCAGUGGGAAACAAGCCACGAUAACUCAUCCUUCUUGUUGGGAGAUAAAUUUGAAACACCAAUAUCCAAGGGACAUAUGCAUGACUUUGCUCAGGUGAUAAGUGUAGAAGGCAAAUUGAGAUGUGAAAGUAAUGAGCAUGUAACAAGCAGCCGAGGUAGUUGGAGCCCAGAUGAUGCAAAUGACUCGAAGUUCUUUAUGUCAGUUGAUUCAUACCAUAGGGUUACUGGAGAUCCGUUCAACGAAAAAUCUAAAAGUGAAUCCAGUUCUAUUAGCUCGUUUGAUAUGGACGUUUAUUUAAGGUGCUUGCACAACGAAGAGCAUAUCGUGGAAAGAGUGAAGCAGAGACAUAGGAUAUGCAGCGGGGGCCUCAUGUUAUGUCUCACAGAAUACUAAUUAUCGUUAAGGUUUUUAGCCUCCGCAUUUCACUCGUCUUUUGCAUAAA